AUGUGGACGCUCGGGCGCCGCGCGGCCGCCGGCUUCCUGCCCCGGGCGGCGCCCCAGGGCCUGACCCAGGCCCGCGCCGGGGUCCCCCGGCCGACGGAAGACGCCUGGCUUUGCGAUCGCCGGGGCCUGCGCAUCGGGACCACCGCGGGCUGCGCGCCGUGCCAAGCUAGUUUGAACCUCUACUGCCUCAACCAGAUUCUGAAUGUCAAAAAGCAGAGUGUCCAUUUGAUGAAUUUGAGGAAAACAGGAACUUUGAGUGAUCCAAGCUCUCUAAACGAGACCGCCUAUGAAAGACUGGCAGAGGAGACACUGGACUCCCUAGCAGAGUUUUUUGAAGACCUUGCAGACAAACCUUAUACAUUUGAGGAUUAUGAUGUCUCAUUUGGGAAUGGUGUUUUAACAAUUAAACUGGGUGGAGAUCUCGGAACCUACGUGAUCAACAAGCAGACCCCAAACAAGCAAAUCUGGCUAUCUUCUCCUUCCAGUGGGCCCAAGCGUUAUGAUUGGACCGGGAAAAACUGGGUGUACUCCCACGAUGGCGUAUCCCUCCACCAGCUGCUGGCCACAGAGCUUUCUAAAGCUUUAAAAACCAAAUUGGACUUAUCUUCCUUGGCCUAUUCAGGAAAAGGCACUUGAUGCCCUGCCCAGUUUUGAAGACAUUAAAAGCUAUAAAUCCAAGACCACAGCUUCAUUCUGCAGCUGAGUGUGUCUGUUCUUUUCCAUUCUUGACUUUGAGGACAGUUGCAUUGUGUGUCACAGCUGUGUGAAAAGAAUGUGUCACCUCCCACCCUACCCCCAAGUGUUGAUUUUUUAUUUCUAUAGUUUUUUUUUUUUUUUUUGCUUUAUUUCUUGUCUGAUUCCUGCUCUCACAUGACCUCCCUUUUCUUUUUUAAUGUCCACAUACCCAUAUUUUAACAUCAUUACUUUACAACAAAGAAAAAUAAUAAGAAGGAAAGUUCUGGAAGGAGAAAUGAAUUAGCUUCACUCUGUUCUUUGAAGGACUUAACUGCAAAAAUGACAUGAAGAGUGGCUUGCCAACCUCACCGUUCUUUCUCAAAACGAGACUGACUAAAGGGUAGACUAUAAAUGUUCCCACGCCUGUUUGAAAGGGUAAACACUUCUGAGGCAUUUAGAAUUAAGGCAGCUUGGGAAUUCUCAAACUGAAGGCCAUCCCGCAUUCAUGCUUUGUGAGUCUGAAGGGGUGUGGCCUGCACAGGGUGACUCAGGGAGACUUGGUUCUUCUGUAUAUGCAUAUAUAUGUGUACACACACACACAUAUAUGUAUAUACAUAUUUAUAUAUAUUUAAGGUUUAGUGUAUAAUCAGCUGCUGCAACACUGGGGUCUGAGAAUGCAAAAAAAAUACCCAAGACUCUCUGCCAAAGAUAAGAAGGGAAAAAAAGAAAAAAAGCCAUCUCCAGAAGCUGAGUAUUACAAUGUAAUAGAUGAAGUCAGGCCAUGGAGCUGAGGAGAUGCUUUGUAAAAUUGCAAAGAGCCACAUACUGAAAGUAUUGGUGAAAAGAACCCUGGUCUUCGACUUGGCUCAGCCCAAAGUCGUCUAUCUGUGGCCAAGUUUCACAAACCCCUUGCACCUCCAUUCUCCCAUCUGCUAGGUGGGAGGGUUGAACUGGAUAGAAUAGUUGGCUUCCAAUUCACACAUCCGUGGUCCUGCCAGGCAGCCUCCCAGGCUAGCUUUCAUUCCUUCUGGGUAGAUAAGGGGACAGCAAUGAACAAUUUUUUAAAGCUAUAUAGUAAAUAUACAGGCAGACCCCGGAUUAUAAACCAUUUCCAUUCUAAAUCUGUAAGUCGAAUGUGUACAUAAAUCAGAUGUUUGUCUUAGUAUGUAGUAUAUAGUGUACCUUUCUAUUCAUAAAAAAAUUAAACACUUCCAGAUACACUAAAACUUCUUUAACAUAAUAAUACAGUAUAUAAGUAGCAUCCAAUUGUUAUUAAGAGCCAUUGUAUGUACUUUCAAUUUUUAAUAUAGUAGGCUUUACGGAGGUUGGUUCAUAACUAUGAUUGUACAGAAGUCAGAUGUUCGUAACACAAGGACUGCCUGUGUUGUCAUUGGUAUUGCUCUGUUGGGAUUUUGGUUGAAUUCAUGUUAAAAUAAUAAACACCUUUUACUGUGUCCUCCCACAUAACCUUGUUUUAAUCUUUACUGACUUGCAUUUUGCUCAUGAAGAAACCAAGGCUCAGGAACAGUAAAAUAAGUCACUCAAAGUUAUGCUCAUCUUAUUUUCUUACUAAAGGAAGAUGUAUUAGUAACCAGUCUAUAUGAAUGUGUAGCAAAGGCUUUUGCAGUGGGUGAAUCCAAAACACGUUCCACUGUAGAAGAAAAAAAUCUUAACAAUAGAGCAAUAAAAGCAAAUGCUAUAUGGGUAUUUAAAAUAUUUCCUUUCUUCAGAAAUAAAAUUAUUUUUGAGUCUCAU